AUGGGUCAUCGGAGCGCGAUCAAUAUCCUUUCCAGUGAAUGUCGGUCUGAAGGGGCUCCGGGCCUUGCCGGAACCCCUUUGCCGCCACGACGAGGCUCCCCGUUUGAGACGCUCAGCCCGGCCCGUUGCGAUGUCAACGUCCAUGGCCAGCCAGUCCUCCUCGAGCGCGUAUCUGUAGGUGUUGGUAUGGAUGUUAUGACUCAGCGGCCUGUUCUCGGAGCUAUCCCGGAAUCGCCCGAAGUGUCACUUGCACCAGAAAAUUUUACUAGCGCUGUCAUCAGCCCAGUUCCAAGACAGUCGUGGGAUGGAGGAGUGCUCAGAAGCAUUUCACGCCGGAUGCACUCAUACGGGAUAUAUGCAUCACUUGCGACCCCGCUCACUGGCAAAAAUUUACAGCCGGUUUAUGGCAGCUCGUUCAUGUAA